UAUACGAUGUCUGUAUCGCAAGAAGUCAACCUCCACAAGACAAGAAAAGAAUUUUAAAAGAAAUACGCGGAUUCGGAUUAAAAGCUUGGAAAAUCGGCAAAAUCGGAUCGGCGCGAGUGUUAUCAUUGCUAUUUGUCCGAUGUGAGUGAAUAGCGUCGGGAAAUCCAAGGAAAUCGCGGAAAAAUGUGCACGACCACCCACACAUAUAGUAUACACAGGGAGUGAGGCGACAUCCAGAUCCCAACCAGAACGGAGUGCCAAAUAACAACACAAAUUGUGUCAAAAAACUGAAUUCGCGUUGCGUUACGUAUACGCAGCGAGUGGUGUAAACCAGGUGCCCCAGUGAUAACGCCGAACAUGUCCAAAUACGAGGCGCUGCUUUAUCUUACGGCGCAGCUAGUGCUGGGCUUCGUCCUCAAUGGCGUGCAAGCAUCUAUUCUGCCCGAGUCCCACCACAAUAUUAUGUGCGAGCAGUAUGAUGAGAAGUGGUGCAACAAGUCAGCGAAUGAGACGUCACAGUGCGAGACGCGAAUCGAACGCUGCCAGCAAGAAGGUGGCAAGGUGCCCAGCUGCUACGUCCUGUGGAGCCACAACGAGGCGACGGGCGACAUGAGAGUCAAGAUGAAGGGCUGUUUCACAUACAUGCACGAGUGCAAUCAGACGGAGUGCGUGACCAGCACGGAGCCGCGAAAGGAAAACAUUUACUUCUGCUGCUGCAUGGGAUCUCGCUGCAACUCCGACCACAAGUAUAUCCGGACCACUACGGAGGCGACCGCACAAGUGCCAAAGGAAAAGACGCAGGGUGGCAGCAAUUUGGUGUACAUCUACGUGGGCACCUCCAUCUUCACGGUGCUCAUGGUCAUCCUGUGGGCCUCUCUGUUCAUGUAUCGCCGACGAAAGCAGGCCCACUUCAAUGAAAUACCCACGCACGAGGCGGAGAUUACGAACUCGUCGCCAUUGCUGAGCAAUCGUCCCAUCCAGCUGCUGGAGCAAAAGGCCAGCGGCCGCUUCGGCGAUGUGUGGCAGGCUAAGCUGCAUGGCCAGGAUGUGGCCGUCAAAAUCUUCCGCAUGCAGGAGAAGGAGUCGUGGUGCACGGAGAAUGAGAUUUACAAGCUGCCGCGCAUGCGCCAUCCGAACAUACUGGAGUUCCUUGGGGUGGAGAAACACAUGGACAAGCCGGAAUACUGGUUAAUCUCAACGUACCAACACAACGGCUCCUUGUGUGACUACCUCAAGUCGCACACAAUCACAUGGCCCGAGCUGUGUCGCAUCGCCGAGUCCAUGGCGAAUGGACUGGCCCAUCUGCACGAGGAGAUUCCAAGCUCAAAAACGGACGGACUAAAGCCCUCCAUUGCUCACCGAGACUUCAAGUCAAAGAAUGUUCUGCUCAAGGGCGAUCUGACUGCUUGCAUUGCCGACUUUGGCUUGGCCAUGAUCUUUCAGCCAGGCAAGCCGUGUGGCGACACUCACGGCCAAGUGGGCACACGUCGCUACAUGGCCCCCGAGGUUUUGGAGGGUGCCAUUAACUUCAACCGCGACGCCUUUCUGCGCAUUGACGUUUAUGCUUGCGGGCUGGUUUUGUGGGAGAUGGUAUCACGCUGCGACGUUGUCGGACCUGUCGGCGAGUUCCAACUGCCUUUCGAGGCGGAGCUGGGGCAAAGACCCACCUUGGACGAGGUGCAGGAAAGUGUGGUGAUGAAAAAACUUCGACCCAGCCUGCUCAGCUCGUGGCGUACGCACUCGGGCCUGAAUGUGUUCUGCGACACAAUGGAGGAGUGUUGGGACCACGACGCGGAAGCCCGCCUCAGCUCGUCCUGUGUAAUGGAGCGCUUUUCACAACUUAACAAAUAUCCCUCGGCACAACUACUGAUCAAGAACCACACCAAUAUCGAUGAUGCGAAGGAGUCUACAAAUUGCUUAUAGAAGCGGUACUAAGCCACAGGCUUAGCUGUGGCUUUCGAGCAAAAUCAGUCGAGGAUUCGUUUGUAGUUCAAUAGUUUUAGUAAUGUCAUCAGCAUCUAUCGCUCAUAGAAGUAGUCGAGGGUGAAGAAUCGGAUGAGCGUAAGAAGAUAUAUAAAUUGUAGAUACUAUCCGAUACUAUCGGAUAUGAUCUGCCGUGAUCUUGCAUCUUUGAGUAUGGCAGGUAUAUACAGUAAAAUUCGCUUAACUACACCCAGUCGAUUGAGAUUGAGGGCAGCAUAUUUUUCUGAAACAAGUGCAACAGGCAGCUAACUUGGAUGCAGCAAAUGUAAUUUUUUAUACAAAAAAUCCAUGAAUACAAACAAUAUUAUUAGAGACAACUUCUAUUCUUAUCGGAGCAGCUAGGCAAUGAGGCAGCUAAGCGAAUAAUACUGUAUACCCAAAGCGAAAAAGAACAAAAGCAUAGGACGCGGCGCUAAGUGGCAUAUAAGUGUUAGCAACUCGUCCCAUAUUGACUUCAUUGACUGAUAACCGUACAUAGUUCUAUAUAUAUAAAAUCCAGAAAAAUGACGUACAAUUUGUUUGCAGCCUCCGGCGGCAGUAGUGUUUUUUGUGCAGCUAUAAAACUGUUAUUGAAGCCUUUAACAAUAUUUUUUGUUCUCGAGAUCGUCUCCAUCUAGCAUAAGAGUAAUUUUAAUUUCUGUCGUAUCUUUACGUUACAUUUUAAUUUUACCCUGUAGUCGUAAUAUUUUUAUUUCCAGAACUUUGCAUGUGUUUUUUAAUGUUGUAUUUUGAAUAAAAGAAAAAAUACUUUAAACU